AAUUUGAGGAUUCUGGAAACAGGUCUUUUCAUAAGACAUUUGCUGCUGUGAAUUUCUUUUUGAGUCAACGGUGAGAGCACCGUUUCCUAAUGCUUCUUCAUGUAUGUACCUCCUACUUGGCCAAGCAGUAAGACUGUUUAAAGAAUAGACAUCUGGAAAUAAUCAGAAGAACAAAAUGGGAGAAACAGAGAAAAGGGUUGCAAUCCAUCAGGUCAGAUGCAUUUCCAAGAUCAAGAUGUUUCUGUUGGCAUUAACAUGGGCAUAUCUAUCCAAAUCACUAUCAGGAAUUUAUAUGAACACCAUGCUCACACAAAUAGAGAGACAAUUUGAUAUCCCCACAUCUAUAGUUGGAUUUAUUAAUGGGAGCUUUGAGAUUGGAAAUCUUUUGUUGAUCAUACUUGUGAGUUAUUUUGGAACAAAACUGCACAGACCUAUCAUGAUUGGUGUUGGAUGUGUGGUUAUGGGCCUUGGGUGUUUCUUAAUGUCAUUACCUCAUUUCCUCAUGGGCAGAUAUGAAUAUGAAACAACGAUUUCACCUACAAGCAACUUGUCCUCAAACAGCUUCUUGUGUAUGGAAAACAGAUCCCAGACCUUAAAGCCAACGCAAGACCCAGCAGAAUGUGUGAAAGAAAUGAAAACACUAAUGUGGAUAUAUGUACUGGUAGGAAACAUUAUACGUGGAAUUGGUGAAACUCCCAUCAUGCCUUUGGGUAUUUCCUACAUAGAAGAUUUUGCCAAAUCUGAAAACUCUCCUUUAUACAUUGGGAUUUUAGAAACAGGAAAAGUGUUUGGGCCAAUAAUUGGACUUUUGUUGGGAUCCUUCUGUGCAAGAAUUUAUGUAGACACAGGAUCUGUGAAUAUAGAUGACCUGACCAUAACUCCCACUGAUACACGCUGGGUCGGUGCUUGGUGGAUCGGCUUUUUGAUCUGUGCAGGAGUGAAUAUCCUGGCCAGCAUCCCCUUUUUCUUUUUUCCAAAAACACUGCCAAAGGAAGGGCUAGAGGAUAUUGUGGAUGAAACUAAAAAUGACAAAGAAGAGAAACAGAAAGAAAAAGCCAAAGAGGACCACCAAGGGAUUACUAAAGAUUUCUUGCCAUUCAUGAAGAGCCUCUCCUGCAACCCAAUUUACAUGCUUCUCAUCCUUACGAGCGUGCUCCAGAUAAACGCGUUCAUCAAUAUGUUUACCUUCUUACCCAAAUACCUGGAACAGCAAUAUGGAAAAUCGACUGCAGAGGUAGUUCUUCUCAUAGGUGUUUAUAACUUACCUCCAAUAUGCAUUGGGUAUUUACUUAUUGGCUUUAUCAUGAAGAAGUUCAAGAUUACUGUUAAGAAGGCUGCAUACAUGGCAUUCUGCCUAUCCCUGUUUGAGUACCUUCUGUCUUUCUUUCACUUUAUGAUAACCUGUGAUAAUUUCCCAGUUGCUGGCUUAACUACCUCUUAUGAAGGAAUUCAGAACCCUCUACAUCUGGAGAACAAGGUCCUUGCUGACUGCAACACAAGGUGUAGCUGCGUAACAAACACAUGGGAUCCAGUGUGUGGAGACAAUGGCCUAGCAUACAUGUCAGCCUGCCUCGCGGGCUGUGAGAAGUCUGUUGGAACUGGAACCCACAUGGUGUUUCAAAAUUGCAGCUGCAUUCGGUCAUCAAGAAACUCAUCUGCAGUCCUGGGGCUGUGUAACAAAGGCCCUGAGUGUGCUAACAAGUUGCAGUACUUCUUAAUCAUGUCAGUAUUUCUCUGUUUCAUCUACUCGAUCACAGCCAUACCUGGAUACAUGGUUCUUCUGAGGUGUAUCAAGUCUGAAGAGAAGUCACUUGGAAUUGGAUUACAUGCAUUUUGCAUAAGAGUAUUUGCUGGCAUUCCUGCACCUAUUUACUUUGGAGCUUUGAUAGACAGGACCUGUUUACAUUGGGGAACUCUGAAAUGUGGUGAGCCAGGGGCCUGCAGGAUGUAUGAUAUAAACAGCUUCAGGCGAAUUUACCUAGUGUUGCCUGCAGCGCUGAGAGGAUCAAGCUAUCUUCCUGCAUUCUUCAUUCUAAUACUUAUGAGGAAAUUUCAAUUCCCUGGGGAAAUCAACUCUUCAGAAAUUGAACUUGCAGACACGACGCUCACAGUGAAGAAAAGCAAGUGUACAGAUGUGCACAAAAGUCCAAAGAUCGAGAAUGGUCCUAAGAUCGAGAAUGACGGAGAACUAAAGACUAAGCUGUAAUAUGUUUUCUACUGUCCUGUGCUAGGUCAUGAACAGAAUGUAUACUUGACUAGUUUUGAAUCACAAGAUGUACCAUAGCAACUCUUUUCUUAAAGUAAAUCAGGGCAUGAUGCAGUGUAAGAUAUUCUCAAAAGGCCACUGACUCAUCCUCAGGCGGCCUCCUAUGCUCAGUGUCCAUUUUACUUAUGUGUCCUCAGAACACAUGGCUACUAACUUUCAAGAUCAGCUUAGAGUCAAAUCUCUAAAAGGGGACCAGCUAAGUGGCUCAGUAGAGAGGCAUGCUCUCUACCAAGCCUGAUAAGGUGGAUUUGAUCCUCGGGACCAACAUGGUAGAAGGACAGAACCAACUACUCUUUCAGGUUGUCCUUUUCCCUCUAUGUCUGCACUGUGGUGUACAUAUCCCACUCCAAACAAACAAACAAAUAAAAAAUUUAGAAAGUAUU